AUGUGGCGGUGUGUGCCUCGUCGUCUUCGAGUUCCGUCGUCGUCGACGAGGAGAUCGGAAUCUAACGGCGGUUUCGUCAGUUCUCAAGUCUCCAGAUUCUUCUCAGCUCGUUCGACAGGGGUUUAUACAAUCGUUGAUCAUACGUAUGAUGCGGUUGUUGUAGGAGCAGGCGGUGCUGGGCUUAGAGCAGCGAUAGGACUAUCAGAACAUGGUUUCAACACAGCUUGUAUCACCAAGCUUUUUCCAACUCGUUCGCAUACAGUUGCGGCUCAGGGAGGUAUAAAUGCUGCGUUGGGUAAUAUGACUGAGGAUGACUGGAGAUGGCAUAUGUAUGAUACUGUCAAAGGAAGUGAUUGGUUAGGUGAUCAAGAUGCAAUUCAGUAUAUGUGCAGGGAAGCUCCAAAAGCUGUGAUUGAGCUUGAGAAUUACGGAUUGCCAUUUUCUAGAACAGAGGAUGGAAAAAUAUAUCAGCGUGCUUUUGGUGGCCAGAGUCUAGACUUUGGAAAAGGUGGCCAAGCAUACCGUUGUGCGUGUGCUGCUGAUCGCACUGGGCAUGCUUUGUUACACACUCUUUAUGGCCAAGCAAUGAGACAUAACACUCAGUUUUUUGUGGAAUAUUUUGCCUUGGAUUUGAUAAUGAACAGUGAUGGAACUUGUCAGGGAGUCAUUGCAUUAAACAUGGAAGAUGGCACUUUACAUCGUUUCCAUUCUGGUUCUACGAUUUUGGCCACCGGGGGUUAUGGAAGAGCUUACUUUUCUGCAACUUCAGCACAUACGUGCACAGGGGAUGGAAAUGCCAUGGUUGCACGUGCUGGGCUACCGCUGCAGGAUCUGGAGUUUGUUCAGUUUCAUCCUACUGGUAUAUAUGGAGCUGGAUGUCUCAUCACUGAAGGAGCUCGAGGUGAAGGUGGGAUUCUCAGAAACAGUGAAGGUGAGAAAUUCAUGGACCGGUAUGCUCCCACAGCUAGAGAUCUUGCUUCAAGAGAUGUUGUGUCAAGAUCUAUGACUAUGGAAAUCCGCGAGGGGAGAGGUGCAGGACCCAUGAAGGACCAUAUCUACCUUCACCUAAACCAUCUACCACCAGAGGUGCUUAAAGAGAGGCUUCCUGGUAUAUCAGAAACUGCUGCUAUUUUCGCUGGUGUUGAUGUUACAAGAGAGCCAAUUCCAGUGUUACCUACUGUGCAUUAUAAUAUGGGUGGCAUUCCCACAAACUACCAUGGAGAGGUGGUUACUAUUAGAGACGAUGAUCCAGAUUCUAUAGUUCCUGGACUAAUGGCAGCAGGAGAAGCAGCAUGUGCAUCUGUUCAUGGUGCCAAUAGACUUGGCGCAAAUUCACUUCUUGACAUUGUUGUUUUUGGCCGAGCUUGUGCAAACAGAGUUGCGGAGAUUCAAAAACCAGGUGAGAAACUGAAACCUUUAGAGAAGGCUGCGGGGGAGAAGAGUAUCGAAUGGUUGGACCGAAUAAGGAACUCAAAUGGGUCACUUCCAACUUCCAAAAUCCGUUUAAACAUGCAAAGAGUAAUGCAAAACAAUGCUGCUGUAUUCCGUACACAAGAAACACUAGAGGAAGGUUGUGAUUUGAUCGAUAAGACGUGGAAUAGUUUUGGUGAUGUCAAAGUGAAGGAUCGGAGUUUGAUAUGGAACUCGGAUUUGGUUGAAACUAUGGAGUUGGAGAAUCUUUUGGUAAAUGGGUGUAUAACAAUGCAUUCGGCUGAGGCUAGAAAGGAGAGUCGAGGAGCACAUGCUCGUGAGGAUUUCACAAAACGAGACGAUGAGAAUUGGAUGAAGCAUACAUUGGGGUAUUGGGAAGAAGGGAAGGUGAAACUGGAGUAUAGACCGGUCCACAUGAACACAAUGGACGAUGAGGUUGACUCUUUCCCUCCUAAAGCUCGUGUAUAUUGAGAUUUCAUUAACUUCUUUCCAAGAGCUUGUGGUGAGUUCUCGAGUUCACCUUUUUUUAUAAUGAUCAACUAUAUUUUAAAAUGUAUCAUCCUACUACAUAACCGUUAUAGGAUGAGGGAGAGGUAAAAUAUUUCGUAAGUGUGAGUCAUGUGUUGUUAUUCCUCGCAUUUGUUUCCAGAGGUGAUUCUUCACCUAUCUCACAAACUGUAUAACUUUAAAUCCAAACCGGAUUAUUGUUUGGAUUACCGAAUUAUCGGUCCGACCGGAUCAUCGA